AGAGCACAGCCCCAGCCCUUCCCGACGCAGGCAGCAAUUUUGCAGAAGAGGUGUUUCAGUAUUAAUGAAAGAACAUGAAGUCCUCUUGGUUAUUUAUAAUACACUUGCUAUGGCUGAAUGGUCACCAGUGUGCGCCAACCAGGCAGGAGGAAAUGAAUCUCCGGGAAAACCUGAAGACUUUAUCUGAAGUUGGGGAGAAAUAUGUAGAUGAAGAGGUAAAGAAAGCUUUGAUUGGUAUUAAGCACAUGAAAAUUAUGAUGGAAAGAAAUGAAGAUAAGCACAUAGAUCUGAUGAAAACCUUGAAGAAGAGCAGUGAAGAAAAACAGGAAGCCUUGCGGCUUAUGGAUGAAGUAAAGGAAAGAUUAGAAGAAGAAGAAAGACAAUGCCAAGCAUCUUUGAAAAAUCUAUGGGAUGAAUGUGAAACAUGUUUAGAAAGUACCUGCAUGCGAUUCUAUACGACUUGCAGACGUGGUUUAUCAACAUUUAGAAGCAAGGUUGAAGAUUUUUUGAGGAAAAUACCUCCACUUAUUUUCCCUUUUCGUGAAGAUCAAGGAAAAGACAUCCAGUUUAAUGAAAAGCCUGAGAAAGAGGAUACUCAGCUAGUAAAAAUGGAAGAUCUGUUUAGCCAACUGUUAUCAGACAUGGGCUCAGUGUUUGACAGAAGUUUCAUGUUUUUCAAGCAGAUGCAAAAAGAAUUUGACCAAUCCUUUCAAACAUAUUUCAUGUCUGAUCUGGAUUUGAGUGAAUCCCCCAGCAUGCCUGCUUUACCUGAGGCCAUUACCAGAAAUGAUGGCUUACAGAAAGACUGGGGUAUACCGGCCUUCCUGCAGACAGUCUUUGAUUUCAGCAAGACAGUGUUUGAAGGUGUCAGUGAGGUGAUUACUGAGGUAUUCGAUGAAUACAAAGAUAAUAGAAGAGAUUUGCCAGAACAAGCCAAAGGUUCUGACAGGGGUGGCAUGUUCUCAAAAAUUGUGUCAGGACGUCAAAGGACUCUGUGCAAAGAGCUUCGAGAGAAUUCCUCUGGAUGCACACAGUUUCAUGAGAGAUGUCAGAAAUGUCAAGACAAUCUUUUGCAUGAUUGCCCAAAUGUUCCUGAACUGCACAUGAAGUUUGAUGAAGCCUUUAAGCUGGUUAAUCUCUCUGGUGAGCAGUAUGAGCAGAUUCUCCAGAUGGUUCAGCGUCAUACAGAAGACACUUCCUACCUGCUGAACAAAAUGAAAGAAAGAUUUGGGUGGGUGUCUGAGUUAUCCAAUAUGACCAUCGGACCAGAAAAUAUUUUCAAUAUAGUUAAGGUGAUACCUGGGGAUGCUUCUGGUGCAAAUGAAACUGUGGUAGAUGUGAAUAUUUUGACUUCGCCUACUUUCACCAUUAAAGUUCCUCCCCACUUAGACCCAAAGAGUGCUGAAUUCAUUGAAUACAUAGCUGGAAAAGCACUGCAACUAUAUAAGCAGAAUUUUUAAGUGGAACGAAGAUGUGGGAGAUCUUAAUCCCUGAAAUCUGUGUACUCUCCUUAGGUGAAAUACUCCUAAACUCAAUGUUCAGCUAUUUGUUAAAUGGCUACGAUUAAAAUAGUUGCAUAUAAAUAAAAUUCUGCUUAAUAAAUACUGUGACAU